AUGACACCCACGUCAGCAACUGUUGAAAUCAUCGAGUGCAUGGUGCGCCAAGAGGCUUUCUACCAUCCACCGGGCAUGGACGAAGACCCUACAAGCGAACGUUUUUCGCCUGUGGGCGUUGAAAGCCGAGGACGAAUGCUCAAUUUCUUCUAUGAUCUGUUGGGGAAGAUUGGCAGCAGCCGCGAGACCGCAGAGAUUGCCGUUUCAUAUCUUGAUCGAUUCCUUGCAACACCCGGGCUUGGCAAUCAGGCUCUUUGCAACAAAAAGCUUUUCCAGCUUGUAUCUACAACCUGCCUUUACACUGCUGUGAAGGUCCAUGAAGUUCAAGCUAUGACUCCAAAGCUUAUGGCGGACCUUAGCCAUGGAGUUUUCACAGCAGAGGAAGUUGAAGAAAUGGAAAUGAUCCUUGUGCAAGCACUCAAAUGGCGCCUCAACCCUCCUACCUCCUUGGCGUUUGUUCGUCAGUUCCUGGACUUGGUGCCAGCAAAAGCCAUGACACGAGAAAUGAAGCGAACAGCAUACGAUCUCGCGCGCCACCAGACAGAACUGGCUCAUGAAGACCCACGCCUGUUUUGCGAAAAGAAGUCUUUGGUGGCAUACAUGGCCGUUCAAAACACCUUGGAGCAGCUUGAUGUCCCUUUCAACCUAGCUGAUUCAGUGGGCGUGCUCCUUCUUGGGACACACAGCACCCAAGAGAUGUCAUCCUAUCGUUAUGGGAGCCUCCAAUCGAUGAUGCAACUGAGAUUGACGAGCAAACUGGGGCGAUUUCUCCCAUCCUUCAUGUCCUUUCCUUCCUCAACAGCACCGUCGAGCAUAAGAAAACGAAGUGCAUCAUGGCUAUCCACACCAAUUCAGCAGUAUGACGAGUCGCCUCGUUCUGUUCACAACAAUGCGCUGGCUGAGCCUAGCAAGGCUUGA